AUGGAAAGGUUGGGAAUCACAGCCACGAUGGUGAUCAUGGAAUUCUUAGACGUUGUCCUCUACACCAUAAACAAAGCUGCUACUAUUACAGGGAUGAGUAACUAUGUCUAUGUUUCAUCCUCAAACGCUUUUGGUUUCUUCUUCCUCCCAACUUCACUCUUCUAUUACAGUAGUAGUACUCAGAUUCUUAAGUAUGUUGGAAUAGGCCUAAGCUCUCCUACUUUAGCCACAGCCAUGUCUGAUAUCGCACCAGCUUUUGCCUUCAUUCUUGCAGUCAUUUCCAGGUUGUUAGAUUCUCAGCUGUCAGUUUCUUCUGCAUUAAUUUUCUUUCUUUCCCUUUAUAGAAGACUCUAUCAAACACUUUCUAUAUUUGUUUUAUAUUAUGGAAGUAUUAGACUUGAGAGUGAAAAGCAGCCAACCAAGGAACAUUGGCAGUGUAAUUUCAAUAGCAGGGGCAUUAAUAGUGACUUUAUACAAAGGCUUCCCUCUCACAAGUGGUAUUUCUAUGCCCACUAA